AUGGUCCUGACCGCUCUCAAUGCCAUUUCAACAGUUAAUUUCAACACCAUAAGCCUUUUCCAAGCUGUUCGCGAACAUGUUUCGUCCCUCGUCUUCGGUCUCGACAAGUAUCCACCUAACCGAUUACCAUUCUAUAAAUCCACGAUAAAUCCAAGGAUUGAGCAGUUUUCCCCGUUGGAGGCUGAGCGAGGAGCCAUGUACGAGUAUGUCUACGACCGAUUUAUCGAAACGGGCGCAAGAUACGAGAAUUUAAUAAAAACCCGAUGA